AUGGCUGUGAGUGCAUUUCAAAAGCUGGAAAAAAUAGGAGAAGGAACCUAUGGCAUUGUAUAUAAAGCUAGAGAAAAAGGCAGUGGCAGAUUGGUUGCUUUGAAGAAGAUUAGGCCUGAAAGUGAAAACGAGGGCAUACCUGCCACAACAAUAAGAGAGAUUCUCCUUCUGAAAAAUCUUAGGCACUCUACAAUAAUAAAUCUAAUGGAAGUUAUCCACAGUGAAGAUAAAAUGUAUUUGGUUUUUGAAUAUAUUGAAACAGACUUAAAAAAGUUGAUUGAUUUGUACAGCCGAAACAAUAAAAAAUUUGAUUCUGAAAUAUUAAAAAAAAUGGCAUUUCAACUGUGCACAGCUGUUGGAUUUUGCCACUCCAAGAAUAUAUUUCACAGAGACUUGAAGCCUCAAAACAUUCUUGUGGAUGAAAAUUUUAAUAUCAAGCUGGGGGACUUUGGACUAGGCAGAGCAGCUUCUAUCCCGCUCCGGCAUUACACUUCCCAAAUCAUCACUCUCUGGUACAGACCGCCAGAGCUUCUACUGGGAUAUGAAUAUUAUGAUUCGUCUGUUGAUGUUUGGUCAUUGGCAUGCAUUAUUGUCGAAAUGCAUACAAUGCUACCAUUAUUUAUGGGAGAUUCCGAAAUAGAUCAAUUAUAUAAAAUCUAUGGUGUUUUGGGAAUUCCCACAAAUAGCCACUGGGAUGGUGUUGAGUCAUUGCCAAAUUACAACAAAAGCAUGUCAAAGAUUAAGCCUAUAGGAUUGAGUUCAAUAAUCAACCAGAGAGUAUUAGAACAAUUGAUUGAAAAAAUGCUCGUCUACAAUCCUUUAAGAAGGAUCACUGCAAGCGAAGCACUCGAAGAACCGUACUUCAAUGGAUUGGAACCUAUUCUUGAAUAA